CCCCCAACCCACCCCAAAAAAAAAAGAGAAAAAUGAAAAUGGAGUCAAGUGUGAAUUAGUGCAGAACGUAAAGUUGGAGACUGAGCUUCGACGGGAGCUCCUGAAAUAUUUGCUUCCUCAAUUUCCACACAGAAAAGCAGGAUUUUGGGUGAGGUCCACACUUCAGUUUUAGCAGUAAUGGGCGAGAUUGAUGUAGUGACAGAAGAAGUUAAGGAUGAUAAGCCUAAAGAAAAGAGUGUCUCCAAGAAACGCCCUAGGUCAAGAACCAGUUUGAGUAGAAAGAAUAAUAGUGAUGAAAAGGAAACUGUAGAGAAGGAGAAGGAACAGAAACCCCUGACCGAGAGAGAUACUAAAGAGCCUAAAACUGCAGCGAAGAAAAAGGAAAAAGAGCCAAAGACACCAGUUACUUCCAUAAUUGAACGUCCAGUACGCGAACGGAAGUCUGUGGAAAGGUUGGUUACCACCAUUGAGAAAGACUCCAUUAAGGAUGUCAUUAUUGAAAAGGGCCGUGGAACUGCAUUGAAAGAUAUCCCAAAUGUGGCAUAUAAGCUGUCAAGAAAGAAGAAUGAGGAUAUUCUCAAACUAUUGCAUACUGUUCUUUUUGGAAGGAGAGGAAAGGCUGGUCAAUUGAAGAAUAACAUUUCAAGAUUCUCUGGGUUUGUUUGGCAUGAUAAUGAGGAAAAACAAUUGACUACACUGAAAGAAAAACUUGACAAGUUUGUCAAGGAGAAACUGGUAGAGUUCUGUGAGGUUCUGGAUGUUCCAAUUUCAAAGGUUAAUUUGAAAAAGGAAGAUAUUAUUGUAAAGUUGAUAGAGUUUUUGGUUGAGCCUCAUGCCACAACAGCUGAUUUGCUUGCUGAAGAAGAGCAGGGUAAAAAGAGGAAGAGGGUCGUCAAAUCUGACAGCACACCAUCGAAGGGCCCAGCCAAGAGUCAAAAGAAAACUGCUGGUACAAUGAGCACUCAUGGUGAACCAGAAGAUGAAUCAGAGGAAAGGGAAGAGGAAGAGGAUGAGAAAAAGGACGAUUUAAAUGGUGUACCUGAAAAUAGUGAUGAUGAGAUGUCUGAACAAGCCAAAACUGAGGAAAAAGGAAGUAUUUGUGGAAAGGAAUCGAUUGAGCAAAAAGUAGAGCAGAAGUCAAGAUCAUCAAUGCCUUCUGCAGAGAAGGUAUCUAGGGGAAGAGCCAAGACCAAGAAAGUAACAGUCUCCAAAACGAGCAAUACUCCUCCCAAAAAUGCUCCAGCCAAGUCAUCAAAUCGCUCAAAAAGUGAUAAGAACAAUGGUGCAGUGAUAUCUUCCGAUAAGAAGAAACAAGAACCAAACGCAGGAAAGUAUUCUGAUAAGAAGAAAGAAGAACCAACCACAAAGAUAUCUCUGGAUGAGAAGAAUAAAGGAAAAAGCACAAAAAUGUCUUCUGAUAAGAAGAAAGAAGAAUCAACCGCAAUGAAGUCUUCCAAUGAGAAGAAAGAACUAACCACGACGAAAUCUUCUGAUAAUGAGGUAGAAGAAUCAACAACAAAGAACUCUUUGGAUAAUAAGGAAGAAGAAGCAGCCGCAAAGAAAUCGUACGGCAAGAAGAAAGAAGAACCAACCACAAAGAAGUCUGCUGUUAAGAAGAAAGAACCAACGACAAAGAAAUCUGGUGAUAAGAGAAAAGAAGAAUCUAUCACAAAGAAGGAAGAACCAGUCAAGAAGUCAUCCACUCCAAAGAAGACAUCAGUUUCAAAUAAGUCUCUGUCAAAGGAGAGCACUGGGAAAAGUAUCCUAAAAGUGAAUGAUAACGCCAAGGAGGAAGCACCAGAGCCAAGCAAUGAUGAUAUUAGGAAGUCUGUAUGUAAAAUCCUCAUGGAAGUUGAUUUUAAUACGGCAUCCUUCACUGACGUUAUGAAGCUACUCGCUCAGCAGUUUGAUGUGGAUCUGACCCCUAGGAAAGCAGACAUCAGGGGCAUGAUUCAGCAAGAGCUCACUAAAUUAGCAGAAACUGAUGACGAGGAAGAUGAUGCCAGCAAGGAUGAGAAAAAUCCUUCUAGCGGCGUUAAGGCCUGAAGAACAAAAUGUCAAGUGGUAAUGGCAGACCUGUUAACUGAGGUGCUGAGUGUUAGCUGGUGGAUCCUUAUUGUUCAAUCCUGGUAGGCAUAUGUUAUGAAAUAUUAGGCGCCAAUAAAUGUUUGUGGAUUAAGGCUGAGACGUACAGUUUGUGGCUCAUGGUUCACGUGUAUAUUUUGUUUGAUGCGUGCACACAGAAAAGAAAAUGAUAAAUUAUUAUUAUUAUUAUUAU